ACCAAGCUCAAACCAAAGAAAAACCCCUUCUAUUGCUCUCGAAGCUCAGCCGAAACUCCGCAACAAAACAGACCCAAAAUCAACCAACAACCCCCCCCCAAAAUCAAUACCGACCCCUUCUCAAUCUGAUUUUUACUAUAUAUAUAUACCCAAAAUAAAAGAUAAAAUAAAUAAUAAAUAAUGAAAAAAGGCCUUGCUCUGUCAAUCAAUAAUGAUGAAGAUUUUCUGACAGGUACUGUAGCGAGCAGAGGGCAUGAUUGCUGGCGCAGAGUGCAGGCGUGCAAGCAACGUGGGUUCGGCGCAGCAGACGGCAAGGGCUGGUUCGGUGCAGCAGCAGGGGCGUGAUUGCAGGAUCUGGGCGCAGAGCAGGGAGCAGAGGCGUAGGUGCAAGGCUCGGGCGUAGGUGCAGGGCUGGUGCGCUGGGCAGGGGUGCUGGUGCGCAGGGCGCUGGGGUGAGGGGAUCUGGUGCGGGAGCUGGUGCGCAGGUUCGGUGCAGGGCAGGGAGAAGGCCGGGUCGGGAGAGAGAAAAGUAAAAGAAAAAUGGAAGG